UAAAAAUAUUAAGAAUUCUUCUUUUGAAAACUAUAUUGUCAAAGAAUAUCUUGAUUCGUGUCUGUCUAAUAAUUUUUUCUAGUAAUUUAUGAAUUCGUAGUAAAAAUAUGAAAUUAAAGUAUAUACUGCUAGUUUUUUCUGUUGCAUUUGUAAGUAACGUUUUUGCCGACGGAGAAAAUGAUAUCAAAGGAAUGUUUCCAUAUAUGGCAUUCAUUUACUACUCGGACGAGUCAGUGGUGGACACCACGGGAGGCCGCUUCUUCCGCGGGGCAGUCCUGAUCAUGCCAGACUGGCUGGUGACGUCAGCGGUGCAGAUCAGCGACAACGCUAACGAUGUGGCCUUUCCGAAGAAGACUCUACUGGCAAGGCUCGGCGCAGUGGCCGUUGAUUCGAAAUUCACGCUGAACGAAGAUGAGGAUGAACAGGAGAGAGAGGUGAUCAAGAUAGUCCGACCGUACAACCACAGCGCGACGCAGUGGUGGCGCACGGACAUCACCCUGAUGCAGACCCUGCUGCCCUUCAACAUGACAGCUGCUGUAGCCACGGCCCCUCUUUAUGGCGUACGCACUGACAAGUCCUGCUUUAUACUCACCUACGCUAAACGAUAUAAUCAAGGAAACUCAUCAGAAGAUAGGAUGUUGGCUCAGACGAUGGUGGAUCUCCUUCCACCGUCUCUUUCAAACUGCGGGAGCCAUUUCUACGAAGUGACCAUGACCUGUUCCUUGGACACCGACGAUAAAAGCCCUACAUCCAGAGACCAGCUCAGCGCCUGUCAGAGCUACAAAGGAGGGCCAUUGGUUUGUGACAGCGCAGUCGUGGGGCUGCAGACCUAUAUCGACAACUGCAAAGCGCCCCACCUGUACCAACUCCUUUCUCCCUGGCAAAAGUUUAUAGAGUGUGCUACCAAAAACAGGUGCGAUCAAGUCGAAUGCACUGACCUGUGCGUUGUUACCAAUAAAGAUUCGCCGUUGGUGUUGGAAACAACAAUGAUGAUCAGCACUCCCGAAUCUACCAUAUCUCAAGAAACAACGGUGACCAAUGUGACAACAACACAAGAAACCAUCUCUGAAAGUACGACUGAGUCCAUAUUAGCAUCAAACGAGACAACAAAAGUACAAACGUACUCGACAACUAUGGAGACUACGGAAGUGACUCAAGAAUCACCUACAUCUGAAUUUGUCCCAACUUCAAUACUAGCAAUCGAAACAGAACCGCGAAGGAUGGCGGCAGAUCCAGAAAAGCCACCAUCAAGCGCUUCAACUGUGUCAUCAACUCGAUCAUCAAAUCGAUCAUCAACUCACUCGCAAGUCAUACCUCAAAACGCAAAAGCACAAAAUUCGACUAAUCCAAAACAUUGGCCCAAAGAAAGAGCUUCUUCAAUGAAGACUGAUGAGGACGAUUGCGACAGGAACUUAACCGUCGAAGCGCAUCGCGUCGCGCGUGAACGCUGGGUGAAAGAGAACACCCAGGUGUACAGUAGUGCCACGGAAACAAAUGUGUGUCUUUUCCAAAGCGUAUUCUGUAUUUUUGUUCUGACAAACUUAAUUUAAAGCUUUUUGAACACAUUAAAGUAAUUUGUUUUUAGAUUUCUACAA